AUGGUGGAUGCACUUCAAAGCAUGCAUGUGCUACUUGGAUCUGUAUGUUUCUUUGCGCUAGUCUUUCAUAUCGCCAACCGUCUCUCCGAUCGAUACAUUCAAGUCUACCGAAACUUUUCAAUCCCAGAACAAGGCGAUUGGUGCUCAAGAGUAAACUCAACAAUUCACGCACUUGUGAUCGCCACAGGCAUGACCUACAGUUUCGUGCAUCAGCAAUGGGACGCGAAUCUGCUUCCAAUGAAAGAGAUGCCAUUGCAAUUGGCCCAUACGCUUUUCUCCUUUUCUUGUGGUUAUUUUCUCUUCGAUCUGGUUGUGCUGAUGCUAUGGCAAGUACCGAUGUGGCGAGUCUUUGUUAUCCACCACAUGGUUGCCGUAUUGCCAUAUCUCAUUUAUACCAUGCACUCAGGCUGCGGCAUGGACUUGUACUUAUUGCAACUCUUUCUCAUGGUCGAGUUUGCUGUUAUCCCGCUUAACAUCACGACGUUUAUGGAGCAGUUGGGUUACGGCAAAAGCAAGACCCACGAGUUUUUCUUUUACACGACGUACGUGUUUUGGUUCUUGGCACGUGUGUUGUUACCAAGUUACAACGUCUACGUACUCUGGAUCAAGAUCAUUCCAGAAGCUAAAGCUGCUCCUGUUUGCACUGUACCCGCAGCAUUUUGUGGUCACAUCAUUGCCGCAUUUUGCAUCGGUGUAUUUAUUUUCGUAUGGACACCAGACGUUUUGGCGAAAUGGCGAAUGCCUGUGUUGCAAAUGGAGGAGUAUCCAGACUAUAUGCUCACGAUGCGUCAGUCGAUGACACCUCGCUCGAAUCCGAUCUUGUCGCCGAUAAAUGGCAACGAAAAGUGGGGCACAAAUUAUGGCACUGUGUCGGAUGAUUUGCGAGAAUCUCAGUGGACAUCAAAAUCGAUUGUUUGA